CUGAAGGCGGGCUGAGUGCAGGGUUCAGUAGAGUCUCAACCCCUCUGUCAUGUCAACGUGCACAUUGCUGCUGGUGUCUCAGGCAGGCUGUGGGCUCAACGAAUCCCUUCAGCCUUGCGAGCCCCCUCUGCAAACACAGAGCUGCAGGAUCUGUAGAAAAAGUAAACCUAUGGGAGAAUGUUUGGAGUGUUUCCCUUCUUCUGACCUUUGCCGAUGUUUUGGAGAACGGAUGUCUUUUGUCGAAAGCAACAUCACUAAAUACUUGGAAUCAUCUGCAUUUUUUAAAAGCGAGCACGCUGAGGUAAACAUGCCUGCAGAGCUGUGCUUUGACCAUUCUGAGGUCUCAGGACAAGGAGAUCCUAAAAAGGAAGACCAGUCUUUGGAACGUGCUGCAGAAUCGUGCGCUGAACAAGAUACACCUAUUGACCAAAGCACCAUUAAGUUGCAUGAAGUUGAUGGACUUUGCAUUGAAAAUAGCCGCAUUAAUGGUGAAUUUUCAGAUCAGUCUGGUUCAUCUGGAUACAGCUCUUUGUUGGACAGCUGCUCUGAGCACAGUGAGUCUUUUGAAGCAAGCGGUUCUUCAGUUGACUUGGUUGAAAUGAGCCAAAAUGAUGAACUUAGUAUUACAUUUGAUCCGAGCGAUCAAAGUGAGUUUUCUGAACACGAUGAAGAGCAGUUAACCUUAUCAGAGGUAAGCCUAAGCGAUUGCGAGUCUUUUCAACAAGAUGAUUCAGAACAGAUCGUUUUACCUGAGAUGAUACUAGAUGAUUGUGACUCUUUUGAGCAGCAUAAUGAAGAACCGUUAGAUGCAUCUGAGAUGAGCCCAGAUCUUUAUGAGUUUGUGAGCUUUCAUCAAGAUGAUGAAGAAAUCGAUUUAUCCGAGAUGAGCUUAGUUGAUCAAGAUGCUGCAGAACAGGAAGAUCUUAGUGAUUCAUUUCAACAAGGUCAUGUGGAGCCUAAUCCGUUAGAUCCUUUAGAUUAUGAAACGCUUUCUGAAUGUGAUGCAGAAUAUCAGGAACAGUAUAGAGAGUGUGAAAAUGAUAGUUCUGAAGACAACCUAUCUGAACAAAACUAUGCAGUUGAACUAGAUUCUGAAGACUGCGAAACAUCUAAACCGUCCGAGCCUAACAAUCAAAACAAGCUUGAUGAAUACCAUGCCACACAUUUUGAAUCCCCUGAACUGUGUCAGGACUCUAAAGAAAGUAAGCCAUCUGACCACUGUGUGUCCCUUGUGGACACGCAGCUUAUGGGGCAAAUGGACACCGCUGAUGAUGGAGUUCUGCCUAACAGCCUAGAUGAUUGCACUUGUCCGUCUGGGAGCUUUAACUCGCUGUCUGAAGAACAUCAAGACUGCAACCAACUCUCUGAGCACAGCGAAUCCUCUGUGUGUUUUGAGGCUUUAGAACAGUGCACAAGCUGUGGAUCAUACUUUAAGAAAUGUGAUGCCCGUGAACAAUGCCCUCCCUCUGUGCCCACUGACAAUUCUGAGAGACCACAUCAAAGCAGACCUACAGAAAGCUGCCUAGAGUCAUCAAAAACACACAGCUCUUUUUUUCACAACUCUGAAGUAAACAAAGAGAAUUUGCCUAACCGUAGUAGCAGAACUAACUUUAAGAAACCACCUGAGUCUGAUGCCAUGUUUUCCGGAUCAAUGGAAACCUUUGAGGCUCGCUGGCUGUCUCAAUUUCUUACUGAUCUUUUGAGACACAACGAGGAAAGUUUAAGUCAUGCUGCUGAAAACAGGGAGUCUAAUAAAGAGGUAGAAACUCCUGGAGUUAUAGAUUUAAUGCAAGAAGUUCAACCUUUGGAUAACCCUAGGAAGCUUUGUAGAAAGUGUGAAGAGCUGGAGAAGGGCGUAUGUUGUAAUGAAGAAUCUCCUCAGCAUUCUGAUCUCCACUCAAGUGUGGACAUCUCUCUGGAUGCAGUGACCACAACAGCAGGUUCUUCAGAUGAGUCGAGUGAAGAGGACUAUGGCGACUGCUUGGAUGGCAAAAGUCAAAGCAGCUCUGAAACCGAUUCAUUCAAGAGUUUUAUUGACGAGUCUGAAUCUUUUGAUAUCUUCCCAGAUCAGCCAUGUGAUAAGGAAAACCUUCUUACAGAGGACGAUGAGCCCUUGAUUCAAAAUGUGCAACCAGAUGAAGUUAAUAAGAACUGUGACAUGUAUUCACAAGAAAAGUUAGAUGCUUGUGAAGAAGCAUGUGAGAUUGAUUCUGAAGAACUUACAGAAAGGGAAAGCAGUAAAACCUAUGCUGAAGCUGUGGCAUUCGGACUCCCCACUGAAUCUGAGCAAAUCCAUGAAGUUGAAAAUGAUCAUAACCUGCCUGAUCUUAUGGAUGAAGGUUUCAUGGUAUAUUAUGAGGGCAAGGACAAUGAACUUUGCCUCCAAAAUGAAGAGAUAGCUGAAGACCAAGUUUCUGGUGUUUCCGUCGUUGACUGUUAUGGACUUGAAGGGAUUGAAAAUGCUUUUGUCAGUGUAUCUGGAGAUUCCACAGGAUUGUGCGCUGGAGAGAAAACAUUUCAAGCAGCCGAUUCUUCAGAUUCACCAGAUGAAGAGAGUACAUUGUUGGAAAAUUUGGCCAAUCAGAAUUUGACCAACAGGUCAGAGAAUGAAGGCAGUGUACAAGAUCUCAGAUCUGCAGAUGAAAUCGAUGUUAAUGGAGAGUUUUGUCCUGACUUUGAAAAUGAGGGAGCUCAUGGACCUUGUUGUGGAGAGAUUGAAACUUCGGAAGAUGAAGAAACAUCUCUGUUUGGUUUUGAAGAUCUUGUGGGAUGUUCAGACGAAAGUGAUGAUGGUGAAGUGAUACCAACUAAUGAUCCACAGCUCUCUUGCACUAUUGAGGAACUUUCAAACACAGAAACAAGUACUCCUUGUGUAUCGGAUAGUCUGGACACCGAGCCAAAAGACACCUCUGAGCUCCUUAAUUCUCCUGCAGUAGGUGGCCUGGCUGAGCAGACUAAGCCAAAUGAAAAAUUAGAGGAACUUAUACAUCAAGUUGCAAGAAGUGAAGCAUCUGAACAAGAGGCAAUCUGUAAGUCUGACCAAAAAAAGACAGGUGAACAGUGUGAUUCUUAUGAGGACAGUGAAUCUUCUGAAGAUGAAGAGUUCUCAGAAGACUGCGAUUGUGAAAUCUGUGUUCCGCCAACAGAUCAGGUCCCAGCCAAACCACUUCUUCCACAGAUAAAGUCUAAAGAUGUAGGGAAGAUCUGCGUAGUAAUUGAUCUGGAUGAAACACUAGUCCACAGUUCAUUCAAGCCAGUAAACAAUGCUGACUUUAUCAUUCCAGUGGAAAUUGAUGGGACGGUACAUCAGGUGUACGUGUUGAAGAGACCUCAUGUUGACGAGUUCCUUAAACGGAUGGGGGAACUGUUUGAGUGUGUGUUGUUCACUGCAAGCUUAGCCAAGUAUGCUGAUCCCGUCUCGGAUCUGCUGGACAAAUGGGGAGCUUUCCGAAGCCGUCUUUUCCGGGAAUCCUGUGUGUUCCAUCGCGGAAAUUAUGUGAAGGACCUAAGCCGUCUAGGCAGGGAUCUCAACAAAGUCAUCAUUGUGGACAACUCGCCAGCCUCCUACAUAUUCCACCCAGACAAUGCUGUACCUGUAGCCUCCUGGUUUGACGACAUGUCUGACACAGAGCUGCUGGAUCUCAUCCCGUUUUUCGAGAGACUGAGUAAAGUGGAUAACGUCUACACUGUGCUCAAGCAGCAGAGGACUACUAGUUAGCAUGACACUAAAAGCAGCUGUCACUUUGGGGCCAGGGAGGCUGCGGGGCCCGGAGCGCCACACUGCUUCCCCCUAACAGGACCAGCCACUAGCUCAGUCCUCAUCACCUACCCACAAUUCCAUUCACAUGAUUGUUUGAUAGAAAGAGAGAGAGAGUAAAGACAGAACUGUGAAGGACUGCUUUAUCCAUUACAUGCAUAAAACAGUGAAUCAAGAAGCUGAUUGUUUUGACACUCGAUUGGGUGAACUUUUUAGGAAAGCUGCCGAAAAGUUUUCACAAAGGAAAUCGUAUUUUGUUUAAAGAAAACGCAGCAGCCAAGCACAUUUCCCCCCGAUUUUUGUAUUAAUGCAGGAAAUGCAAACUUAUAUAUUACUGUAAUGUGUAAAAAAAAACAUGAUAAUAUAUUAAAAUUGUAUUGUAUUUAUACAUUAUGGUUGUAUUUGUUGUACUGCCUUUAAUUUAUUUGUUAAAAAGUACUGUAUCAAAGUAAUGAAAACUGCCAUUGUGAAUAAUGAUGGAUAAAAGCUAUGUCCUGAAGCAUUAAUGUAAUAAUAUGGGGGAAAUUUGUUUAAUUGUCUUGAAAAUUAUUAUAUAAGUAUGCUGUUUUCUUUAGACAAUUUAUUAUUUCUAUUUGAUUCAGAUGUGAAAAUGUGGCUCAUGAGAUUUCACCCAAAGAUGUGUGACUCCUUUGCCAAACUCUUCAUUUUCAUGGUCAAGGGAAGCCCUGUUAAAUGAAACCAGUUUAUUGUCCUGUUUGGUUGGUGAUUAGAGAAUGUUUCUUCAAGAAAUUACUUUCUACUCUUGGGCUCAUAUCUUGAGUUAAACCACUCAUUCCCUGUGUUUAAUAAGUUUACCUCAAGAUUAACCCAUGAAUGGCAAUCAUAUUGAACCAUAUGCUGUUGUUCUUAUUUUUUAAUCUAGACAACGUUAUUGGGCUCUGAAACAAGCAUUCAUUUUCCCUUUAAUUUUCCUUCUCCGUUUAAGUUUCUAAACCAGAUAUUGGAAAAAGUCUUGAUGCAAUCAGCCAGCACUUGAAAUUCCAAGUUUUGCAAAGCAACAGAUGCAAGAAAGGGAAAUCGGCCUGUGUCGCGUGGUCUGUUUUCACCCCGAAGGUUAAAGCUAAUGCACCUUUUGUAUCAUAUACAGUAUGCUUUAUUUUGUCUAAUGCGAGGUCCUUCAUUGUGGCCUUAAAUUACUGUAGCAAAAAAAGUAAGACAAAUAUCAAAGCGGUCUUCUUUACAAAAUCAGUUUGUUCGAUACUGUAUUGUUUUAAAUUCAUAACAGUAUGCCAUUUGUGUGUUUAUAUUAAUCAAAGCAGGUAAAGAAUACUGGAAUCAAAGCUUGAUUUGUCAGUGGAAACAGAUAUUCGUAAUGCCUUAACUCUCCAUUAGAUCACUAAGCUGUCAGAUGGUUGGUUGAGAAAGUGAUUUGGUCAUUGGCUUUAAGCAUGCUGUACCGUGGACUGGAGAGCCCCUGUUAUUGACGUGCCUUCUUGGUAAUUGUGCCAUUUUAAUAUGGAUGGUUUUCCUCGUGGGGAUUGAACAUCUGCUCAGCUCUGAGUCUGGGCUGAUUGUUUUUGCAAGUGCCAAUGUUGAUGUUUUGAGCAAAAAAUGGUGAUUCAUGUGUCCAGGAGAGAGUGGAAUGACGAUGUUAUGGUUUUUAAUACUGGUGUUUUGUCCAUUUUUCAGUGUUUGACUUUUUAAAUAGACUCUGUGAUGGCGAAACACUCGCUGUCCUUCUAUAUUUGUCAUAUUAAUGAAAAUAGUGCUGUGCCAUGGAGAAAAAAAAAAUGAUUUUGUUAUUCAUAAAAGCUUAAAUGACAA